ACCAGAUUUGCAACCAAAACAUUCCUUUUGUUGAAAAAUGGUGAAGUACAGGUAAGUGGAUUCACGCCUAUGCAAUACUUUAGUGGUUGCUUUGUUGUGGCUGUGUUUUCUUGUUUUUGAUUGCGUUUGUUUCGAUUCUAACCUGUUUUUGUAGUAUGACUCCUGCUGACACUAAGAAGAGCUGCCAAGCCCGCGGUUCUUACUUGACUGUGCACUUCAAGAACGCUCACGAGGUGGGUGCUGCCAUCAAGAACAUGUCUCUGCUCAAGGCCGAGAAGUACCUUAACGACGUGAUUGCCCACAAGCAGGCUGUUGCGUUCACCCGCUUCAACGGCGGUGUUGGUCGUCACGCCCAGGCUCACUCCAUCAAGGCUCCUGGAGAUCAGUGCAGAUGGCCCAAGGCUGCCUGCAAGUUCUUCCUGGUGCUUCUGAACAACCUGAAGGCCAACGGUGAGGCGAAGGGUCUGAACGUGGAGAACCUUCGUAUCAGCCAUGUGCAGGUGAACCAGGCUCCCGUGAUGCGUCGUCGCACCUACCGCGCUCACGGACGUGUGUGCCCCUAUCUCCGCCACCCUGCUCACAUUGAGAUGAUGUGCACCGAGGAGGAUUCUGCGGUGAAGAAGGCUACUUCGAAGCCCACGCACAAGCGUCUCACUCGCAGACAGCUGGCGUACAGAAAGCUCGUUCACCAGAAGCUUGCUGAGAAGAAGAAGGAGGAGGAGCAAAAAGCCUAAAUGCAGUAGAGGAUUUGGUUGCUUU